UUUUCAUACUAUUUGCUGUUCUUUAUAAAUUUUAUUUGCGGCAUUUUAAAGUGGUACUGAUUUCACCAUUUUUGCAUGUGUCUUGUAUGUAUAUGCACGUGUUUACUUCAUUUGUGACAAAUUGUGAUAAAAUAUGCUUUAAAAAUUUUAUUUAAUUAACAAAUUUACAAAAUGAAGGUGAAAAUUCUAACAAGAAAUCCUGAUGAAUACUUAAGAGAAACAAAACGUGACAUAUAUAAAGUACCUAGGAAUUAUGAUCCAGCAUUACAUCCUUUUGAAGCAGCAAGAGAAUAUACUAGAGCUUUAAAUUCAGUAAAAUUAGAAAGAGUAUUUGCAAAACCUUUUGUAGGAUGUUUGGAAGGUCAUAAAGAUGGAGUAUCCAAUAUGUGUAAGCAUCCUUUCCAUUUGUCUACUAUACUUAGUGGAGCUUUUGAUGGAGAAAUAAGAAUAUGGAAUCUUACACAAAGAAAAUGUAUACGUAGUUUUUUGGCCCAUGAUGGUAUUAUAAGAGGGAUUGCAUUUAAUGCAACUGGUGAACAGUUCAUUACUGUUGGUGAUGAUAAAACUAUUAAAACAUGGAAAUCACAAAAAACAUCAUUUGGUGAAGAAGAAGAACCUAUAAAUACAAUUAUUAGUAAGACUGUAAUAACUGGAAUUUCUCAUCAUCGUUCUCAACCAAUAUUUGCAACUUGUGGUGAAGUAUGUCAUUUAUGGGAAGAAACUCGUAAUGAACCAAUUCGUACAUUAAAAUGGGGUAUUGAUACUUUAUAUGAUAUUAAAUAUAAUCCUGUCCAAACUAAUUUAUUUGCUGCUUGUGGAAGUGAUCGUAGUAUAAUUUUAUAUGAUGCCAGAGAAACAGGUCCUUUGAGAAAAGUUUUUAUGAGAUUAAGAACUAAUAGAUUGGCUUGGAAUCCUAUGGAAGCUAUUACUUUCACAUGUGCUAAUGAAGAUUAUAAUUUAUAUACUUACGAUAUUCGUAAAUUGAAAACACCAGUAAAUGUGCAUAUGGAUCAUGUAGAAGCUGUAAUUGAUGUUGAUUAUUCACCAACUGGUAAAGAAUUUGUAUCUGGAAGUUACGAUAAAUCUAUUCGCAUUUUUGAAGUAAAUAAGGGUCAUUCUCGAGAAGUUUACCAUACAAAACGUAUGCAAAGAUUAACUUGCAUGGGAUGGUCUCUUGAUAACAAGUAUAUUAUUAGUGGAAGCGAUGAAAUGAAUAUUCGUGUUUGGAAAGCAAGGGCAUCAGAAAAAUUGGGUGUGUUAAAACCUAGAGAAAAGGCAGCAUUAAAUUAUAGUGAAGCUUUGAAAGAAAAGUUUGCUGCACAUCCUCAACUGAAGCGAAUUGCCCGACAUAGACAGAUUCCAAAACAUAUUUACAAUGCAAAGAAUGAAUUACGUACGAUUCGAGAGAAGACUAAACGAAAGGAGUCUAAUAGACGUACUCAUUCUAAACCAGGAACUGUACCUUUCAUUUCGGAAAGAAAAAGACACGUUGCACAGCAAGAAAUAUAAUUUAGAAUUUUAUAUACUGUAAUAUUUUUAAUAAUAAAAAAUAUAAUUAUGGAUAUAAAUUGGACACAUAAUUGAAUUAUUUUUUUGUUCAAUAUUUAUUGUAAUAAAUAAUUUUAUUGAAAUUAUACAACGCAUUGCUAUAUAAUAAUUCGUAAAACGUUACAAACUUCAAGCAGUGAUUAAUGUCUUGCUUAGCGUAGCUUACAAUGAUUUAUUAAUUUUCUUUCAUUUUCAUUGCGUAUUUAUUUUAGCAAAUAUUUCUGAAUUUGGCAAUACGAAGAUCAUCAUAUACUCGAUGUUUGAAGUAUAAUGAAUGUCCGUAAACUAGCUAAAAAUCAUGCUGAAGUUUUGUCUCAUAUUUUCGUUAAGAAUGAUAAUAUGUGAUUUUAGUCUUCGUAUUUUUCAUUUAUUUUAUAUUUUCAGGUCCGCAUUAUAAAUCUUAUAUUUUCGGUUUAAAUAAACGAAUAUAAGAAACAUUUAUCGAUUUUAUACGUAAAUAUAUAGCAUGAUAGGAAGGAAUAUUGUAUUUAAUUUAAUACCAGAUAUUUGAUUGCAGAUAAACUCCUUAGUAAAAUACUAUUUUAUUAUUUUUUAUCAUGUCUCUUAUAUGCAUUAUUUUGUAGAAUAAAUCAACGAUGACCUGCCGUUUAUAAAAUCUUAUAAUAUUAUCUUAUAAUCUUCAUAUUAUUUUCAUAUUAUUCGAUGGAUUCGAUGGUAGUUUUCUAGAUUUUAUUCUAGAUCUUAAUCAAUUUUUUUAUCAUUUUGUAUAUUGAAAAAAUUGAAAAGUAGGAAUUUUAUUGAAAUAUUUCCUUAAAAUUUUAUAUUCUUGGGCGUAUAAAAAGCGGCACAUAGUUUUCGAUUUUGAUCUUUUAUGUCGGUUAACAUACACGUGAGAUUAUAUAUUCAUUCUUCUUUUCUCCUCUUUAACAUCCACUAUGCGCGCAUAAAUUCUGUACAAGACUAGGUUAGUCGAAUUAAAUUAUCAGUGUAAUAUGUUUUUCAUCGAUUUUAAAAUUCCAGGGUAAUACAUAUUCUACGCUUUGUAUCGUCACUGUUUCAAAGAUCUAUUUCUUCUAACGCUGCCGUCCAUGUUAUUUAAUUAAAUAUGAAUAGUAUUGUAUAACAAUAAUUAUAAUUUAUAUACAUAUAAACACAUUUACAUUACUUUUGUAAAACAUUUAGUCGCAUGAAAUUUUAAUAGCAAAAUCUCAAGGAUUUUUAAACUUUUUUUUUAAUUAAUCGAAAAUUAAAAAAAUCUCGUUGUAUAAUCGUCAUAUUCAACUAAUUGAAAAUUAUAUCGAUUUAAUAUAAUAUUUCUCUUGUAAUUGUUUAAUUGGUAAAUUUUCUAUUAAAAACUUUUGCUCUGUUUAUUAAAUAAUCAUCGAUAUUGUAAUACUGUCAAAUAAUCUUUGAUUUAUAAACUGAACACUAUAGAAUUUCACACAUUCGUUCGAAACAAAAAAACAUUCAAAAGAUAUUCACAGUAACAUUAAAAAAUAUUUAUCUCAUUUUUUAUAUGAUAAUUUUUAUUCGAUCUAAAUGCUACAAUAAGCUAGUUUAUCAAAAAUUCUGCAAAUUAAUCGUGCUUCGAAAUUUUUUAUCGCAGAGUCGGCGUCAAUAUAUAUUAAUACACAAAUAGACGCUUGUUAACAAUUCAAUCCAAAAUUCAUAUUAAUCGAUCUUCGUUCAUUGAACGAAAAACAUCGAGAAAUCUACAAAAUAAGGAAUCAGUUUUUCCCUGCUGUGCGUCCUCCGACUUUUGAUUCGCUGUUAUUUUCACGAAUAGUGGCGAUCAUUAAAUUACUUAUGUUAUAUUCUCUAUCACUAUUGAUGACUUAUAUUUAUCACCGCGAAAAAGUACUGAAUUUUAUUCGAGAGUAUAUUUUUUAUUCUCGAACAUGCGGUGAAUCGUUGUAACGAAUAAUCAAUCAAUCGUGUCAUUAAUAAUAAAUUCUUUCUAUUUAUCGACAAACACGAUCGACCGACCAAUCGAAAAUCGAGUUCAGUGAAAACACAUUUCGAUGAUUUUACGAACUCCUUCGAACGAUCUUCUGUAGAAUUCUAUUGUGAAGCACAUUUUUCAGUUUCUCAUAGUGUCUCGGAAACGAAUUCAGUUUUAAUUGUCCGGUUCGAAAAAUUGGUGAAAGAAUCGAUUUUUUCCAGAUCAUUCUGAUUACAAGAGCUUUAUUCUAGACGUUCAGGUCAGCCAUCAUUUUGCGAAAGUCGGCUAAGGUAUUGUAAUCGGGAUCCGAAUCGAUGUCCGCAAAGUCUUUAUUGGAAUCGCUUUUCACAAAGCUUGGGUUGUAUCGACUUAAUGACAAAGGACAUGGUAGUAAUUCUGGCAUCACUGAGUGGAAGAGGUGGUGGGGUCGGCGUGGAACCAUGUGUACUUCCAUCAGCGGGCACCGAACUGCUCGAGGUACUGAUCUGAGAUCUUCUCUUCGAUUUGAAUUCUGUUUCCGUGCCAGAGCUGGGAGAAUUAUGUCCUAUCCUUGAUGGAGGCGUUGAUGGUAUUGUCCAGACUCUCAGAUGGGGGUAUCUUGUUGUACGCCGGCCUCGUGCCCUCGGACUCGAUGAUCGCCUCGUUUAUAUAACCCCCAGAAUGCGGCCUGUUUGACGGGCUCGUCGGUGUGCUGCUACCACUGACGAGGGGGCAGCUGUCAUCCUCACCGUUCAACCCAAGAACGUCACGUCCACCUGUCAAACCCAUCGCCAGCCGCUUUAUCAGAGGCGGCUUGUCCGUUAGUCUCUUGUACGAAUUUAGCUCCGUAGGUGAGUUGCUCUCAUCGCUGCUCGGUGUGCUCUGCUGAGAGAUACUCUUUGGCUCAUCCUCGUUCGUUAUUGGGCCGAGAACGUUGGUGAAGUUGUGCGUCGGCCGUAGACCCGGGAUCGAGUUCGGUGUCUGAUUCGGUGCAAAGAAAUGGUUGAUCAGUCUCCAUGAUACGUACAACUUAACGACCACGUUCGAAGACAUUUCUAUCGCGCAGGACGCGAGAGAAAUGCGAGUGUGAACGCGGAUUCGAUUUUCUUUAAUCUUUUUCCUUAUCUAGAACGAUUAUAGUAACUUGUGAUUAGUGUUCUUCGUUUAUCGAGAGUAAUCAUCGAGUUAAAUUAAGAUAAUAGUUCGUGAUAAAUGAUAAUGAAAUUUUGUCUCCGAGGAAAUUUAUUCCGAAGAUGUAACAAAUAUUCGUGUUCAAUAAGGUCUUGAUGAAUUUUAAUGUAUCCAGUCUCUUGAUUAAAUAUUUAUUCUCUUGCUUAACGUU